AUGAUCGCUGAAUUUAAAGAAUUUCCUAAAGAAGUAGCACGUGCUGCUGGAGUGCCAGGCAUGGAAUUCCAUUCACAAGAGUUCAUGCCCUUUAAGAGUAGAAAGGAAAAGUUUGAGGAACUCAAGAAGGAAUUAGAAGAUGAGAAUAACUGCAUGAUAGGAUUGCAAGGACUAGGAGGAACAGGGAAGUCCACAAUGGCAAUCGAAGUUGGGAAACAAGUCGAAAAAUCAAAACUCUUUGAUAAAGUCAUCUUCACUAAUGUGUCUACCCCUAUGGAUGAAAAAAGGAUUCAAGAUGAUAUUGCAAAGAAAUUAGAAUUGCAAUUAGAGGAAGAGAUGCCAAUGAGUCCUGCACAACAAAUAUGGACCAGGAUUGCUCAUGUUGGAAAGGUGCUCAUAAUACUUGAUGACGUAUGGGAAGAACUCGAUCUUAAGAACAUGGGGAUUCAACCUGGCUUUCAUAUCAAGGGUUAUUGCUGUGUUUUGCUAACUACACGUUCUAUGACUAUUUGCAACAAAAUGGGAUGCCAAAAGACAAUUCAAUUAGAUGUCUUGCCUAUGGAUGAUGCAUUGAAACUUUUCUUAUCUCAUACUAUUGCAAGUGGAAAUGAUUGUCCUAGCGAUUUGAAAAAGUUGGCACAAGAUAUUGUGAAUGAGUGUGGAGGAUUGCCAAUUGUGAUUGUAGCAGUGGCAAAGGCCUUAAAAAGCCCGUCUCUACAACAAUGGAAGGCAGCUUUGAUUGCAUUGAAAAACCCCAUGCCUUCAAGGCAUGGUAUUGUUGAUGAGGAUAAAAGAAAGAUUUAUAAUUCUUUGAGACUUAGCUAUGAUCAUCUAAAAGGUGAAGAAGCCAAAAUUCUCUUCCUGUUGUGUUCUAUCUUCCCAAAAGCUUAUGAAAUACCCUUAGAGCUUUUAAGCAGAAUUGCUAUAGGUUUAGGGCUUUUUAAAGAAGAAGACCCAUACUAUGUAGCAAGAAGUCAUGCUAAUGAUAUCGAAAAUGCACUCAUAAAUUCUUCUUUAUUGUUAAAGACUGGUGAAGUAUAUGUAAGGAUGCAUGAUGUCAUCCGCGACAUGGCCUUGGAAAAGAUAGACAAUGAAAAAAUUCAAGUGAUCAUGGAUUCUAAGACAAAAUUGAAGGAGAUGUGA